UCAGUUUAUAUUUGAACCUUUUGUAGUGCCCUGUCCUUCUGCUGCAUCUUCUUUCUGUCUCUUAUUCUCAUGUAUUAGUGUCAUCCUCAUCCUCGUUUCAUCCUUCUCUGUGUUUUAUUGGGACGAUAGGAACAUCUAAUUAAUGGCCUCUGAAAAGUAAGCACAAAGAUAGACAGCAACAGGACUUGGUAAGGAAAGGCCAGCUUCCCUGAGGAGACCAAGACUCUGCAGUCGCAUAAGGACCAGAGUGCUAGAUUUGAAGAUGACGGAUUUACCCAAUAAUUCACUGAAUGAUACACCAAAAAGAAAAGAACUAGAGAUAAUAAAGGCAUCCCUUUACUUGUUUGAUUUCAUCUUCAUUACUGCAGUUGGUUUGUUUAUAUUUAAGACGGUGCAGCAGAACUCUGAAAUGAAGAAAAAUGUUCAAUACUUUCUCCUGUGCCAUCAUCUUCUAUGUUGUUCUUUAUUCUCCUGUUUUGGUGUUGCAUACAAUACAAUACGAGCACUUGCUGUGGAAAGUCCCGGAAUUGUAUUCUGGAUAAUCUUUGGAGUUCAAGUAGCAAUUGGAGAAGGAGUACUAAUAACUUUGACUUUGAUGACACUUAACAGAUGCUUUGCUGUUUGCUGGCCUUUUAGAUACAUAUCCUUGGUGCAUGCAGUGAAGCACAAAGUCAUGAUUUGUGUUUGGAUAACAAUGUUCAAAUCUAUGUGCUUGUUAUUGAUAGAAGGCAUAGACAAGACUCCAGAAGAUAUGUCUGAAGUGAUACCUUCUUGCUCAAUUGUCUUUGGUGGUCCUUUUGCCAGAACAAUGGGAAUUAUUUUAAUUUUAUUUCUUGGGGCCAUCAUCAUAGUUAGCUACUGUCUCCUAUGGAGAGAAGGAAAACAUGCUGGUCAUUUCAAUAGCUCAAAUAACAAAGCCAGAAAAACUAUACUUAUUCAUGGAUUGCAUUUGAGUUUGUUUCUAUUUCCACCUUUGAUAAAAAUCGCUGUAAAAAGAUCCAAUUUUAUUUUAAAUUUAACAGCUUUUGUUGUUUUCUCACUUGCCCAGUGCUUUAGUCCUGUGGUUUAUGGUCUGCGAAACAAAGAACUGCAAACCAAGCUAUUCAACAGGCAAAGAAUUAGUUUAUGUACUGGCCACAUGAUAAAUGGUAGAGACGUACAGCAGCCUCAGUUGAAUAACUCUGAGUUAAUUGAUACUAGAUGCGGCACUCCUGAUCCUUAGUUUUCUAAGUGAACAUUUGAUCCAGCAGUGUAAAAUAAGGCCUUGCAUACUCCUAACACA